AUGUGUGUGGUUGCUAGGUUUGCUUUCCGGCGAGUUGUACCAACCAUCAGAUCAGAGGUUUCUCCACGCAGUCCAUCUUCAUCAUCGCUUCACCUUCACGCCGUCGCCGGUCACCGUAAGACCUUGAGUCCGUCGUCGAUCCUCACUACAGUGUCCGUCGUCGACUCUUUAAUCGUCGACCCUUUCUACCCCUUCAUCUAUUCAUCAGCAACACACGGAUUCCGUGUAGAGUUGGGAAAACCUAAAUUUUGCUUCAUCUCCUUCCGUGUUGGAAUCAAGAACCCCGCCCCUUUCCUUGUACUCACUUUCUCCUUUAAAGAAGCCUUACAAAGUUGGAUUAUACCAAUCAUUCUCUCUGUUCUUUUCUUGAUUUUGACAGAAAGCAAUCAGAGUGCAGAUAUGGAUAAAUGCUCGUUCAAGCUUGAACACCCAUUGGAGAAGAGGAAAUCGGAAUCCUCUCGCAUCAGAGAGAAGUAUCCUGAUAGAGUUCCUGACAAGGAAGUGAUUGUUGAGAAAGCUGAAAAAUCCGACAUUCCUGACAUAGACAAAAAGAAAUAUCUAGUUCCAGCUGAUUUGACCAUGGGUCAAUUUCUGUAUGUUGUUCCAGCUGAUUUGACCAAUGGUGGAUGGAAUAUAACAACAUGA